AUGUUCCUUGGUACAGAUUGUUACAAUACGAGGACGUAUAAUAACUUCGUGAAUAAUAAGAUACUAACAUGCUCUAUAAGUCCUUGUGGGAAUUACUUAGCUCUUAUAACUACAUUAGAUGUAGUUAUUGUCAGUAAUCGUCGAUACAGAGUUCUAUUAUGUCGUUCUACAUUAAGGAAUUCUGAAACAAAAAUUGAUAGAAGUGAUAGUUAUAUAUGCCGAUUCCAUAGUGAUGUUGCAUACUGGACUUCUGAUAGCAAAUAUAUUUUUAUCAAGUCAAUGGACAAUAGUUUUAUAUUUGUAUAUGAAUUUUAUAGAGAUUCUACAAUUAGUAUUAACACUUCCCUAAAUCAGACAAAUGAAGUACUUUUGUACAAGAGUAGCAGUGAGCCAUUCCUUUAUAUUGCAGAAGAAAUUGAAAAUGGGAUAUUUAACCUUCCAGAAUUAGUAGCCUUAGAGGAUAUAGCUGAUAAUAUACGUGAAGAUCUAAUUACAUUUCAGUUAAUUUGUGAGUAUGGAACAGCUAUAGAAAAUAUUAAAGCUGAAGUAGAUGAUACUAAUAUAGAAACUGAUUUUAAUUCAAAUUCUGGUACGUCUCAUGCUUAUAUUAGGUUAAAUUUUAUGAUAAAAACUCCUAUUUUAUAUGGCCAAUUUAUUAUAAUAUCAAAUAAUGGUGAGAAUAAACUUUUGGUAACAUCUAAAGAUUUUCCAAUUAUAUGGACUAUGGAUAUACAUUGUAGAAAUGAGGCACUAGUACUCAAUACAGUUUAUCUUACGAAUUUAAUUGCUAGCUACAAUUCUCAUGGAAAUUUAGUUCCACUUCCUGCAUCAAAUAAUUUGUUUGAUAUUAGUGGAACAAUGGAAUCAGUGGUCAUUCCAGUUUAUGCUCCUUUAACAGUAUCUGAUUCUUUAUCAGAUCACUUAAAAGUAUGUGGAUCAUUGUGUACAGAGGAUAAAAGAACAGGUGAAGGUUCAUAUACUAUUUCGACUGAUUUUUCUCAGAAUAGCUAUGAUUAUAUCAAACCUUUCGAUCUUAGUAUACAAGAUAUAGUUUAUGAAUUGUUAUCACUUGAUGGUAAUAUUAACACUGCAGAUAUAUUUGGACUUAUGCAAUUAUUAAAUAUGAUAAAUAUGAGAUCUUUUUAUAAUGGAAAUACAGAUAUUUCAUACUCUUGUAAUAUAGAGAAUUUGAGAUUUGAUUCUUUAUUUAAUUUUCUUGGUAUUAUUUUAAAUCCAUGGAAAUCUUUACUUAUAUUUACUUGGGAUCGACCUUUACUUUUGGGAAUAGGAUUAAAAAAUAAAGAUGUCAAAAACUCUAUAAUAUUACCUCCUAUUGGAUUUAUAUUGAAAUACAAAAAUGUUGUAAACUUUGAAUUUUGUGGAAAAUAUAAUAGAAUAGCGAUUAUAACAAAUAAUGAUACUAUUACAAAUUUUUCUUCAUCUAGUUUAGAAGAAGAUGUAAUUGAAGGGUAUAAUAAAAAUCAUUCACUUAAAGACUACUUUAUAGAGAUAUAUUCAAUAUCAAGAAGAAUAGCAACAAAAUCAAACAUAAAGAAUAAAAAUAAUAUAGAAACAGAAUGUAAAUCAUAUAGGUGCAAUUUGGCUCAAUGCAUAUUCAGUUUAAGACUAUCUUCUUUAUUUUCAAGUACUACCACACUAUAUAAUCCAUGGAUUUCUUGUUCAAGCAACUGUGACUUCUUCAUGAUUUGCACUGAAUCUCAUGGUGUAUUAUUUUUGAAUAUCCUUACAGGUAAGAUAGUUUGUAAACCUUAUAUAAUAGAUAAGAAAAAAUCAGAAGAUCUUCAACUAUAUACAGUGCAGUUCAGUGCUAUAAUAUCUAGUGAUUUGUGCCUAUUAAUUCAGUUAAAAAGAGGUAUCUCCUCUUUGAAUAUGGACGAUUAUAUUAAUGAUACUAAUUAUGAUGAAGAGAAUUCUAAUUUCCAGCUACAACUAUUAGAGAUUCCUUUUUAUAGAAUGACAAACUGUACAGGGUCUUUAGCUAACUUAGAUGAGGUAUUUAACUUUCAGCAACAAAGUUGUGAAAAUGCUGUACUUUUAGGAAUAGAUAAUUUGGGAGUAUUACAACCAUGUUCUAGGACUAUGGAAUCAGAUAAUCAAAUUAACUAUUGUGAUUCAUUUAUUAUUGAAUUGACAAUUCAAAAGAUUCCUCUUCCUCCAUCUAUUUACACAUGUCAUAAUUGGCCAUUUUCCCAAGCAUCUUUAAAUAAGAGUGGAAAUUUUAUUGCAUUAUCUGGAUAUAGAGGGAUUGCAAUAUAUGACUUAAGCGAUUCAAGAUGGAGAUUAUUUGCCGAUAUUAGUCAUGAGUUAUUACUUACAAAACCAAAUUUACCUAUGGGUUGGUUAAAUGAAUGGGUAAUAUUUUUAUGUGUUAGAUCUGACUUAUUAUUGGAAACUUUUUACAAUGUUAUUGCUAACUCUGAUCAUUUUUGUAAUAUUUCCUUGGAUGAAACACAUAGGUUAUAUGAAAGAUAUAUUGAAAUAAUCAGGGAAAGCCUAAGAAAACAAGAUAAUCAAGUAUUAGAUACUAUUAAUGUACAAAUAAGUAUAGUCUUUUUUGAUGUUAGGAAUUCUUUGGAUAUUAGAAAUAUAAUUGGAAUUAUUCCUUUUUGUUCUUGUACACCACUUAUUGUAGUUCAAAAUAGUGGAAGUAAUAUUGAAAGCUUUUUUGUAUAUACACAAGACUUCAUUUUAACUUCUUACCAAGAUGAUAAAGUAGACUCUUACUCACCUCCUAUUCAUCUAUAUUGGAUGAUUGAUUUAUCUGAAAUAUGGAUUGAACAUCCUAAACAGAUUACACUAAUUUCUGAAAAUCAGUUCGAGACGAUUUUUUUAGUUCUACAUGAGGAUAGUAAUCUCUACAAAAUUGCAGUUUAUCAUAAUAAAAUAGAAUUAUUGUUAAACAAGAAAGCUAAAUUUAAUAUCGAAUGCUUAAAUCACACAAUUGAUAAUUUACAAACAAAUUUCUCAAUGGAAUCUGCUCUAGAUAAUGUGAUUAAUUUUGGUUUUGUAUCUUUCAACACAAACUCUAUUCAUAAUAAAUAUAUUAAACAUAUAUUAAGUAAAGAGGAGUUUAGUAAAAUUGAUUGUAGUAAAGAAGAAAUUAAAGAUAAACUUAACCAAAAUAUUGUGAAACAAAACAAAAACAAUGAAUAUGAUAAUGAAGACUAUCCUUAUUUUCAAUUAAACCAAAGUGAGAUUGUUGAAAUUAAAGAUUUAGAUUAUACAAUUGGUUAUACUAAGUCAGUAAAUCUUAGCUUUAAUGGUUUAUCUCAGAACCAACAAGAGAAUAGUCAUAAUAUAGAAAUUUGGGAUUUAUUUCAUAAUCAACAUAUAAUUGAACAAAUAAAAAUUGCAUAUCAAGGAAAUGACAAUAAGUUUGGUACUAGUGAACCAAUCCCACCAAUUUGGGACUCUAUAGAUCUUAAAAUGGAAGGUGUUAUUUGGUAUCAAACAUGUUCUCAACAAAUAUUUAUGAUACCAACAUCAUUUAAUAAUAGUUCUGAACAAAAUACUGUAGAUAAUGGGACAGUAUUAAAAUAUAAAUUUUAUCCAAUACAAGUAUGCUCAUUUCAAAUGAGCUUAGAUUUUGUUUAUACUUUAAAUAUAAUACCUGCUCUAGGAUCUACAUUCUCUAUUGUCAAUUAUUCUAGUCCAGAUAAUUUAAACUCACAUCAGAUAGUAUGUGUAUUUAAUUCUUAUAUACCAAUAUUAAUUCAAGAAAUUUUUUUGAAUAAUGGAAAAUUGGCUGAAAAUUACAUUACAAGAUUUCUAAUUCCAAUAAUUAGAUAUUCAUAUAAUUAUCCAAAUGAAUUUAUUACUUCUCUUAUACAAAGUAUUUUCGAAAGAAUUAUUCGUAUUUUAUUAGUGGGUUCAGUUAAAGAUUACUAUAUUAUACUUGGAAAUAUAAUAGAUAAAGUCAUUGAAUUAAGUUAUAAAUCAUAUAUAGAAUCUUUUAAUAAACAAGAAUUCCUAGAUUUUGCUCUUAUAUAUGGUCCUACAGUAAACUUAACAGAUGAGCAAAAUUUAUUAAAAUAUAUUUUUGAUAUAUGUUUAAGGAUUUCUUGGUAUACUAAUAAACUAGAAAGACUUAUUAAUAUUCUUAAGAAACUCUUUUUUUGUACAGAAUUCUUCCCCGAACAUUAUAUAUUAAGUAUGUGGUCUAAUAUUAUUAUUUUAUGUAUUCGAAGAGCAAAUUCAUUAAUUGCUCCAUCUGUCAUAUUUCCUCUUAUUCAAUCUAAUCCAAUAGAUAUGUAUUUAAAAUGUAUUCAAAUAAAAGACUAUGAAUCAGCAUCACUCUAUCUAACUCUUAUACAAUCUUUUGUUGGUCCAUGGAUAGUAAGAAGGAAAUAUACUUUAUAUAUUAUUGAAAAUAUGUUUGAAUUCGAUCUAUCCAGUCAAGUUUUGAAAUAUUAUCAUUUGUAUAAUCAAUUAAUUAACUUUAUUUUUACUAUAUUUAAAUCACCAGUACCAAAUAUAAAUACUCCACUUUCAGAACAGGAUUACUCUAAUUUUCAAUUCAUAGAAAAUUUGAUGGAAUAUUCAGAGAUCUAUACUAUACAUAAUACAAAUAUUAAUUCUCCAAAUUUACUUGGUUUAUGUACUAGUAUUGAUCAGAUUAUAGCUAAACAUAUUUUUAAAAAGUUAACUUUAUUAGAAUGGAGUGAUCUUAUUAUUAUGUCACAAAUUCUCAAAAUUAACCUUAAAGAAUGGAUUCAAUUUUCUAUAUCUCAAUAUAGUCAUUAUCUUUCAUCAUUAUGGCUUAGAGAUUUCUCACUUACUCAGGAUCAACUUCCAUAUUCAAGUGAAUUUACAAAUCUGGUUAUUUGUAUAAAGUGUCAAUUUCAUCUAUUUAAUGUAGAAGAAAAUCAGUUCUACCUAUAUGAAGAUUUCCCACAGGAUGAUGAUGAAUCCAAUUCUCCAAUUAUUCAAGGUAUUAAGAUCUUUGAUCAAAGUAACAAAGGCUAUUUUCAAUUGAUUUCUGGAUCUAUAGAGAUAUCAAAACAAUUUUUCAAAAUUGUUCUAAAACCUUUUUUUAAUAUAUUCCUAACUUUAUCUAUGCCAAUACAAGCUUUAGCAAUUGCAUAUGCUUGUAAUGAUUAUUAUUCCGUGAAAAAAGUCAUUUUAGACUUCCCAAAUAUCAAAUUGCCUUAUAGAUAUUAG